CGACACCGACGCGCGCACGAGGCCGUAACAAAAGACGCGAGACAAAAGCGCCGCCGCCGCUGAUGGCCAGGACAAAAAGGCCGCCCCGCACGAAUCACCCGCGUGCGCGGGCAGGGGCGUAUAUAAGCGCCAGCCCGAGCACGGAGGGAACGCAUACCAGCGUCAGCUAGCAAGCACAGCACCAGAAGUACAGGAAAUGGCCGCCGUAUACGCCCAGCCCAUGGUCCCCUACGGUCACGGACCGUCUGCGCACCAUGCAUCCUCGUCCUCCCACCAUCACGCGUCGCGCCGCGAUCGCGGCUACCGCGUAUGCGACCAGUGUGGGCGCCCCGAGACGCCUACCGCCUCGCGCUUCCGCCUCUGCGGAGGCUGCAUGACGACUCAGUACUGCUCGCAGGACUGUCAGAAGAAUCACUGGCCGGCGCACAAGCCGAUCUGCCAGCACACGCAGGGCGCGCUCAAGUCCCAGGCGAGCGCAGCCCCGUCACCCUCCGAGAACAUCGCGAAGAACCUGCGCAAGUUCACGAGCGCGCACGAAGCGCUGCUCACUUGGGCCGGCUUCCAGGCGCUCCAGCUCAAGCGCAUGCCCAGCAACGUCAGGCAUAAGGCGCUGCUCAUCCAGCUCUCCAGCCGCCCGCACGCCGAGUCGCACAGACGACUCAAGAUGUCCUCUGCACGCCUAGUGUCGCGCGACUACGUCAACGAUCCCCUUGUCCAAGCGGACAUCCAGCGUCGUGACGAGCGCUGCCGCCGUGAAGGCGGUAUCGGCGCCGCAGUCGUCAUUCUCGAAGCCGAGGGCGUUUCGCAAGUGAUGCCUGUCGAGGUCGACAGCCCCGCGGACAUCGCCUGGGAUUCGCGCGACGACUGGCAAGGAGUGCUCUACCACUUCAUCGACAUCGGGCGCACAGACUUCGCCCAAGUCCUCGCUGCGGGCAUGCUCGGCCGAGGGCAUUGACCGCACGCCUAGACCAGGAUCGGUGUCCGCACUGCGUUGACCGCCUUGCUGGCAGCGUUACCUGCUUCGCCCUCAUAGGGACCCUUGCAUACUUUCUCCUCGCACUUCGUGCAUCGUCUCAACACGCACUUCGUUCUUCACAUUCUGCAUUUCUAUUGCCUGCAUCUUUGGGACAUUCACUACUUGUGCGCGCUACGCUGCACUAUACCCUCAAUUCGCCCUUCUCCGUAUCGCUUUGCUGUCUGUACUGCUGUCUAUUGGAAUCAAAUUAUCCCCUGAACUAUC